GCCACAGCAAGAGGACGAGGAUCACAAGAAACCAUGGAUAAGCAAGCCAAUGGUUAUGGUGGUGCUGAAGAAACCAAGAGUAAAAUCCUCAUAUUUGGUGGAAGUGGAACUGCCUACUUGGGUACGUACAUGGUGAAGGCAAGCAUCAAGUCAGGCCAUCGAACUUUCGUGUACGCCCGACCCAUCACCCCACGAUCCUUUCAACACAAGAUCGACUUGCACGAUGAAUUCCGAUCCCUCGGUGUUACCGUCAUCGAGGGAGAGCUGGACGAGCAUGAAAAGAUCGUUGCAACGCUUGUGUUGAAAUGA